AUGGCGCCCGUUGGUGCCGCGCUUUGGCGCUCUCUCCGCGCCCACCAAGUAUAUGGAGCCAACACAGACGUGGGAAAGACCAUUGUGUCAACAAUUCUCUGCAAUGCUGUCAAUCGCUUGAAGACGAAGGAAAAGUCGGCGUUUUUGAAGCCGGUGUCGACGGGGCCAUUGGAUGAAGCGGACGACAGGCAUCUGCAGCGCCAUGCUCCCAGCACCUUGACAAAAUGCCUUUACCAAUUCGAUGAGCCUGUCAGUCCGCAUAUCGCAGCGAAGACAUUUACAAUUCCUCGCGAUGAUGAGAUUCUGUCCUCUGUUCACAAAACCCUUUCCGGCUGGGCCGACGACGGGGUUGGCUUCGCUCUGGUAGAAACAGCUGGUGGUGUUCAUUCGCCAGGGCCCAAUGGAAACUCCCAGGCCGACCUCUAUCGACCUCUUCGAUUGCCUAUUAUCCUGGUCGCCGACUCUCGUCUGGGCGGAAUCUCAUCAUCCAUAUCCGCCUACGAGUCUCUUUUGCUGCGCGGCUACGAUGUCCACUCCGUUCUUCUGUUCAGAGAUGACUAUUAUCAGAACCACGAAUACCUGGGCAAUUACUUCCGCGGCAAGAGCAUACCGCUUGUUCCCCUGCCUGCACCGCCCAAGCGCCCGCAGGAACAAGACCCAGACUCGCGAGCUCGAGAUCUAGAAGCAUUGGACAAAUACUAUAGCUCAGUUGCGCAAGCCACGGAUGUGGUCUCUCUACUGGAUGAACUUACUUUGAAGAACAAACAGCGGAUUGACUCCCUCGAAGAGAUGGCAAGCCGAGCACAGAAGACCAUUUGGUACCCAUUCACGCAGCAUCACGGCAUGGCGCCAAAGGACAUCACUCCAAUCGACUCCGCAUAUGAUGAUUUCUUCCAAACCUACAAGACCCAGAAGGGAUCGCUAGAACAAGGAAACCUUCAAGCGACCUUCGACGGAUCAGCAUCAUGGUGGACACAGGGCCUCGGCCACGGAAACCCCGGUCUUGCUCUAUCGGCCGCUUAUGCCGCAGGGCGCUACGGACACGUCAUGUUCCCUGGAAACAUCCAUGAACCGGCUCUGAAGCUGGCAGAACAGCUCUUGGAGACUGUUGGUAACCCUCGCCUACAGAAGGUCUUUUACACCGACAACGGCAGCACGGGUAUGGAGGUUGCUCUCAAGAUGGCACUCCGCGCAGCCUGCGACCGAUAUGGCUGGGAUGCGAGUCAAGAACAGAUUAACAUUCUAGGUCUCAAGGGAAGCUACCAUGGUGAUACGAUCGGGGUUAUGGAUUGCUCGGAGCCGUCGACCUACAACCAACGGGUCGAAUGGUACAGAGGACGUGGCCACUGGUUCGAUUUCCCUCUGGUCAAGAUGUCCCAAGGAGUUUGGCAUGUCGAAGUUCCGGCAGAACUGCAAGAGUCACUUGGUGGAAACCAGAAAUUCUCGUCCCUGGACGCGGUGUUUGAUUUGGAAAGCAGGGUCCACUCGGACGUCGGAAAGCGCUACAGCAAGUAUAUCAAAGACACCAUUGAACGCCUGGUUGUUCAAGAAGGGAGAAAAUUCGGCGCCUUGAUCAUGGAGCCUAUCAUUCUAGGAGCCGGUGGGAUGAUUUUCUGCGACCCCCUGUUCCAGCGAUGCCUCGCAGAUGUCGUCCGCGGCAACCCACAGCUGUUCGAUCAAGCUGGCUCUACAAAGCCGUACGCACAAACUGAUCUCUCAUGGUCUGGUCUUCCCGUCGUCUUCGACGAGGUUUUCACAGGCCUCUACCGUCUUGGCCGAAAAUCCUCUGCGUCAUUCCUUGGUGUCAACCCCGACAUCGCCGUUAACGCAAAGCUUCUCACCGGAGGCCUCGUGCCACUCUGCACUACCCUAGCAAGCAACGAGAUCUUCGACGCCUUUACGAGUCCGGAGAAGAGAGAUGCACUUCUACACGGACACAGCUACACCGCGCACGCUGUUGGUUGCCAGGUAGCCGUCGACUCCCUCCGGACAAUGAACCGCAUGGACGAAAACGGGUCCUGGAACGAAUUCAAGAACGACUGGAAGCAGUCUCGGGCUAUUGGCAAUUCCCGACCGGGCGCUAUCUGGAGCGUCUGGUCACACGGGCUCGUUCACGACCUCUCGCACGCCGAAUCAGUCGAUGGCGUCUUCGCCAUCGGUAGCGUUCUUAGCAUCUCCCUGAAAGACGCGGAGGGUGCAGGCUACACGUCCACGGCGGCUAAGGGCCUCCAGGCAAGAUUAGCCGCUGGUGGGCCGGAGUUUAACGUCCACUCCCGGGUCCUUGGAAACGUGCUAUAUUUAAUGUCGAGCAUAACCUCGAAGCAGGAAACCCUGCGAACAAUCGAGGGUAUCCUGCGCGAGGCAUUGCUUAAUUAG